UAUACAAAUAUUGAAAUUCCUAUAAUAUCGUCUCAUUAAACACAAUUAUGUCACAGAAUGACAUUAAUAUAUGCACUGACUCGUGAGCCGUAGUUAGAGCACCCCUGUCCAAUAGUGCACUACGCAAAUAGCCAGCCAUAGAAAUCACAUCGUCUCACCAAAAUGCAACUCGUAUAAACAACACAAGCGCAAGGAGUCGGCACAAACAUGAAGCCGUUAUCACCGAUGGCGAUGGCACAAACACAGAUUCACGCGAGAGCGAGAAAUAUAGGACACACUCACACAACCUUCGUUACUCGCCAUAGCAUCGGGUGGAUCGCAACGAAGAGAUGGUCUUGCCCAUCACAGAUACCAUUGUAGCUCUGUUCGUAACAAGAGAAUCGCAACGCUUUACAACCACCAAGCACAAGCGCGGUCGAUCGCCAAGUAAAACACAAUUAUUCGCACUAGACCCGCGACGGAUCGUGCAGGGAAACGUCUCCGAAUUCCCAAGAAAAAACGAAAAGUACCUAAAUUCGCAAGUGAAGUGAGGUGCGCGAUAUUUGAUUACUCCAAUUUGAAAGGGAGCAACAUCGGCGAAAUUUAGUGGGAACAUUUUGUGUAACAGGGACGGAAAAGCGCGUGGUCUGUAGCGGAGAACAUUGGAAGCCUUUGAUUGGCACACCUAAGCACUGGCUAUAAAGGGACACGGGAUCCAAGGUAUCGACACGGACGGUCGCCUCGAUUGUGAGACCCGGGCUGGAGGAAGUAGGUCACGAAGGAAAAUAUCGACGGGGCAAGGGACAACAUCGACGUCAGAAGGUCCUCAAACAGUGCCCUUGGUGACGAUCAGUGGUGAGGCCAGCGCAGAGCGGCGAUCGAUACAGACGCGAACCGAAUCCAGGUCACGAGACCGCACGGCAUUAAACAGAAUUUUGAUUUCGGUGUCAUCAGCGAAAAGGAGCCCCGUCGAAGGGGCUUCUUUGACAUAUCCUAACAUCGUGCCCGGAUACCAUAAGAAGAGCGGAGCGAAUCGCGACGACGGCCGGACCGCUUACUGGGACCGUUCUUAAAGUGCCAGCAGUGUGAAUCGGCGGCGAUCAGCAGUGCCUGCAGCGUCCAUCGGCGGCAACCAGCAGUGCCAGUAGGGUGAAUCGGUGCGCGACCAGCGGUGCCUACAGGGUAGAUCAACGUGUGAAUAGCGGCGCCCACGGUAGGAAUCGGCGUGGGAACGGCAAUUCUGGCCGGCUGGACGAGCAGUCGGUGGCUUUCACUCCAUUUGAACGGCGACACACGAUUAGCAGAUCGGUGGUCAGUCAACGCCACCAUGGAGCCCGGUCGAACGGCGGCAAGCUGGCUCCGAUCAGUGAGGGGAAGCGGCAAACUGUGAGUCAGUGCAUUAAUGAUAAGACCAAAUGUUGUAAGAGCAGGAAAAGUAGGUACCCAGGACAGGAGGAUGAGAAUAAGUUUAAUAUAAUGUGUUAAACCAUGAGACAUUUGUUUUGAUUUGGUUGGUGCCGUUAGCCCUCAGUGUUUGUGACUGAUUUACCUUGGUAGCCUUCCACUUUGCUCUACCGUAAUGGGAACAUCAUAACACUGGCGCCCAACUAAAUAUCCCACGUAUUUGUCAUUACCAAUUAGCUAAAUUGAGCGGCUUUUUGAGUUUUAAGGAUAGUUCAGCUCGCACGAAGUUUGUGCAGCUUACAUGGUUGGUUAGGAUUAAGAUUUAUAUAAGCUUAUUUGAAGAUGGACUUAACACACUUGAGUAACGAGGAAAUUGAUUACGAGCUAGCACUUCGUUUCGUAGUUAACCUCGGACCUUGUACCCACCGAAACAAGGUCUUGAAACUAAAAGAUCUGAUGGCACAAGAAGGCCAGCUUCAAGAACCGGCUUGUCACAGCUCACAACAUGUGAUGAGCUCGACGUCAAAUUUGGAAAUUUGUCAACUCAGGAUCGGGGAGCUAAGAAAGCGCGUGGAUGAAGCGGUGCAAAUUAAAGACACUUUUGCCAUCGCACAGUUACGUUCGCGUCUCAUCCAUUACAAAACCAGGUUGGAAAUCAUUCAACCCCUCGCGGCUUUCGUGAGCAUAAAAGAUACGUUAUGCUCGCUUGUCAAAGUGCUAUUAGACGAAGUGGAUUGUGCAUUGGUACAUUAUGAGAAGCGAACAGAUCGGGGUGAGAGUGCAGUGAUAGUGUCAAUCCCACCAGAAGAAUUUGGUCAGAAAGACAACGAGAAUCUCGACUCAGUGCAACAGAAAAACUCCAACGAAGCGUACUCACUCUUAGGAAUGGACAACAUCUUGCACCAGCAGGGCAAUGCAUCCGCAAACCUCAUCGACCCUGGUUUCGCGGAAACAGCCCAAGAAGAAUUGCCAUAUGAACAAAGAAGUUUCGGUAACAGAAGAAGCACUGUUGAAAUCCCGUUUUCAAGAGUGAACGGUGACAAAGACAACCAACAUCCACACAACACCAGCAUUAGAGAAGAGCAUGAACCGCAUUUGUCAGCAACUAGUUCCCCACUAGCAGUUGGUCGAGGAAGAGGAUUAACGAUAAGAGGCCUACAGGACGCGCGAUCCAACAUUAGCGGGAGAGGAAGAUCUACGCAGAGCGCGGAAACGAGGCAACACGGUAACGAACACAUACAUAACAACAAUGACCUCACAUUCCGAAACAUCAUAUCCAAUAAUGCAAGCCUUUAUGCAGACCUGGUGGAACGGUUGGCUCGGAGGGAGCGACGAGAAAGGGCACCACGACCAGAGCGAUGGGAAGACCGAAGAAUGAUGAAAGCAGUUCACAAUUGGCCGUUCAAAUUCCGUGGAGAGAAGGACACCACGUCGCUGAAUAUCUUCUUAGACCGGGUAGAGACUUUUGCUGGAUCGGAAGGGAUGAACGACGAAACAUUGCUGUCUUCGAUCAAACAUCUUCUACUAGAUGACGCCCUGGAUUGGUAUGCUCGGGCCAUGUCUCAACGUCGGCUUUAUUCAUGGCAAAACUUCAAGAAUGAAAUCCGGAGGGAAUUUCUACCAAGCGGAUAUGCUCAAAUACUACGACUAGAGGCCAGCUUCCGCUUCCAAGGACAGAGUGAAUCUUUUGCCAAGUACUACCGGGAUAUUGCUGCGCUCUUUCGAUUCAUAUCACCACCAAUGACCGAGGAGGAGAAGUUCUUCAUUGUGAAGAAAAUAUGA